AUGGAAAUAGGUAUCGUUUUUGAAAUUCGUUGGUGGCUACAACAUAGAAAAUUAUACAAUGCACAUCAUGGUGUUUGGUCAGGUGUUCAUGUUUUGUCUAAUUACCAACCAACUGAUUAUUUUCAAUAUAUAACAUCAAAUAUGGUUCAAACAAACAAGGAUAUGAUUGCUUCCAAAUCAAAUGAAAAUAGUAGAG